GCAUCGACGAUCGAUGGCCGUCGAAAGGGCGCCUGUCUUUUCUGCCAGGAAUAUUUCAUGGAUCUAUAUCUCUUGGCGGAGCUGAAGACGAUUUCCUUGAAGGUGACCACCGUGGACAUGCAAAAACCACCGCCCGACUUUCGCACCAACUUCCAGGCCACGCCGCCGCCUAUCCUGAUCGACAAUGGCGACGCGAUACUGGAAAACGAAAAGAUCGAACGGCACAUUAUGAAGAACAUUCCUGGCGGACACAAUCUGUUUGUACAGGAUAAGGAAGUGGCCACUCUUGUGGAGAACUUGUUCAGCAAACUCAAGCUGCUGUUACUGAAUGCAAAGGACAAGGACAAGGAUCCCAAGUCCUCCUCCCUGAUGGCCCAUCUGCGUAAGAUCGAUGAACAUUUGGGGCGCAAAGGUACGCGCUUCCUCACCGGCGACACCAUGUGCUGCUUCGACUGCGAGUUGAUGCCGCGGCUGCAGCACAUCAGGGUCGCCGGGAAGUACUUUGCCGACUUCGAGAUACCGGAGACUCUGGUACAUCUGUGGCGGUACAUGCAUCACAUGUACAGGCUCGACGCUUUCCUACAGAGCUGUCCAGCCGAUCAGGAUAUCAUUAAUCACUAUAAACUGCAACAGAGUAUGAAGAUGAAGAAGCACGAGGAGUUGGAGACGCCGACCUUCACUACGAGUAUUCCGAUCGAGGUCAACGAUGACUAGGUCGGACCUUCCUUGGCGAGUCUGCGAUCGCGUGACUUCGAUUAGACAUCGAGAUCGGCCUAGCGAGACGGCAUUGUGAAUCGCCUCGACUGAGUUUCAACGGCAGACAUUUUGUAAUUUAAUAUGUCCAACAAUAGCAUCGAAAACGAACGGGGAUUCUACCGUUGAAACUCUCGUCUUUCGAGUCGUAAGCUUGUGUCGUCGCCGUCAUUGAUUAGUUCAUAUCUUUUGCUAAGCAAUUAUUGCUGAAUCGCAUCCCUUUCUUAUGGGAUCAAGUCAGGUGUAAACGGAUUAGCUUUUUUACCGCAAACGACACGAAAACAUACAUAAGUGCAUUAAGGCUUUCAAAAUCUUAAAAAUGAUAGAGAAUAUUGAUUUUCUCCAUUUUUCUUCUCCUUUAUUUUCUUUUUCUCCCACUAUGUACAGCACGCGUACAUAGUUUUGACCUGAAUAGUAUUACAAAAUUUUAAUUUGCUAUUGUUAAUCCAAGGAUUAAGUUUACUAUAAAAAGCGAUAAUGAUUUUGUCAUUCUGUGGCAAUAAUCAUGGAAAUUAUCACUAAGAAUGCAAAAGAAACGUAUGCGUUUGAGAGAACCAAAUUGGUGCCAUUAAUAUUUUUGCAAUCUUAAUAGAAAUUAUCCUUUGGAUAAUAAUCAUUAUUCCUAAGUAUUAUUCUUACAUACGAUUAAGUAAAUCAAGUACAUACAA